AAACUGAUAUCGGACAAAGCAGCAAGUGACAAAAUGAAAAUCCUCCUGCUGAUCCUGCUGUACGGAACGUUUCUGUGCCUACAGGGCCUGCCCCCGACCGUCCAGGGUCAAACGUACGUCGAAGUCAACUCGACCGAUCUAAACGAUUUCGACAUCGAACACUUUGCCUUCAAAAUGGAACAGCUGGAUCUGAGGAUGAUGCGGUUCGAGUUGAGCAUUCAGAAAAAGGUGGACUCGAUUGCCGGGGUGCUGCAGAAUCUGGUGCACGUGAUCGAGAAUCUGGCCUGGCACAUCUCGGAAACGGAGCGGUCCGCCACGUCGUCGGAGCAUCAGCUGAGAGUUAUAGCGAAGAAUUUGACGCUGCUGCAUAAGGAGAUGAGGGAUUUGGCACUGGCUCAGCAGCGACUGCCGACGAGAAGCUACUUCGAUGACGCAAUGGUGAUGCUUAAAGCACAUUCCAACUGUGAGAACACCCCGGAGCUGAUACAGAUGGAUCAGAUGCAAACGUCGAUGAUGUCCAAACCGCCGCCCCGGGUGCUGGAAGCGUGCGAUCAGUUGAAUUCGUACAGUGCCUCCGGAGUGUACACCGUUCAACCAGAUGGGGAGUUUGGUAAAACGAUUAUGGUCUUCUGUGAUCAGGAGUACAAUGAGGGCGGAUGGACCGUGUUCCAAUACCGGUUCAAUGGGAUGGUUAACUUUUAUCGCGACUGGGACGAGUAUCGGUUCGGAUUUGGCAAGAUGGACGGGGGUGAGUUUUGGCUUGGUCUGGAACGGAUUCAUCAGCUGACAUACUCGGCUCCGCACGAGCUGGUGAUUUUGCUGGAGGAUUUCGAAGGGAACACCACUUUUGCGAGGUUUGAAAACUUUGAAAUCGCGGGCGAGACGGAUCUGUACAAGGUUAUGCGGAUCGAUGGGUACAGCGGGACGGCCGGGGAUUCGAUGAGCUAUACGAAGGGUGCCUAUUUCAGUACCUAUGACGAGGACAACGACACCCACGAGGAAAACUGUUCUGUCAAGUAUCACGGGGCGUGGUGGUAUCGGAAUUGUCACUCCAGGUAG